AUGGAGAAAAUUGAUCUUCACGCGCACUGCGUACCCGCUUCAUACCGCGCGUACUGUCUUGAGAAUGACUUCGCAGGUAGAGGCCAUCCCGAUGGGAUGCCGGCGAUUCCCGAUUGGGACGCUCUGUCCCACAUUGAGCUGAUGAAAAGACUCAACAUCAGAAAAGCAGUUCUCAGCAUGUCGUCACCAGGGACACACCUGACGCCGGGCAAUGACGAAGAGGCCCGGUCCCUGACUCGGCGAGUCAACGAGGACAUGUCAAAGGUUUGCUCCGAGCACAGCGAAUAUUUCCUAUUCUUUGCAUCUCUUCCCUUACCCGAUGUUGAAGGCUCUCUAGCCGAGAUCGACUACGCCCUUGACCACCUCGGUGCUGUGGGGUUCCAAUUUUUGACCAAUUCCCACGGAAUCUACCCUGGAGACCCACGCUUCGCCCCAGUCUUUAACAAACUCAACGAAAGAAAGGCAUUUGUGUUCUUCCAUCCGACUAGCUGCCACAUACAGAGCCCGGAAACUGGAUCUGUGAUCCGGGUUACCCCAAAUCCGGGAGUCCCUAGCCCCUUGAUGGAAUUCAUGUUCGACACCACCCGCUCUAUCGCCAGUCUUAUCACCUCUGGCACAGUCACUAGAUGUCCCGGAAUUACAUUCCUGAUGUGCCACUGUGGAGCGACACUCCCGCCAAUUAUCUCACGGAUUGCGGAGUUUUCCAAGUUCCUGGGCGGGAAAGCCGUGUCAGAGGCGGAUAUCAAGAACGUGUUGCAGACUCGUUUCUAUAUUGAUCUUGCUGGAGUUCCUUUCCCGGAUCAGAUUCAUGGGAUGCUGCGGGCUGUUGAUACGUCUAGACUUGUGUAUGGGAGUGACUAUCCAUACACCCCAGCUCCCGCUGCUGCAUCUUUGGCUAAGAGAUUGGACGAUAAUCUUGUAAAGAGCUUUGGGUUGGGAAUAGCGCAGAGGGUACUCUGUAAGAACGCGGAGGAGUUUGUGUUACAAUUACGACUAGCCAAUUAG